AGCUGGACUCGCACCAAAGCUGGAUGGGGAGCCUGUCCUGCCUGGGGGUGCCAGAGGGAAGAACAAAUCCUGGAGGCUGCAAGUCCAAAGUAAGAGAAGCUCAGCAGCAAAGCGUGUUUCCGUGCAUCCUUGUCUUUAAAGGUCACUGGCAGAUAGCACGAACAGUUAUUUCCAUUUUUCACAUUUUGGGUAGCUAAGGCACAGAGCAGGAAGGAAUUUUUCAGGCAGGAGUCCGGUUUGAGGUUGUGUUGCCUUAUCAUUUCACCCAAGAAGAGUAUACUGGUUAUGAUUCAGUGUUUUAUUUUCUUUGUUGCUGUAGACACCUGUUGUCAAGUCCCAGAGUUUGCUGUAAAUAAGCCUACAGUAUAAAUGACAUUUGUUUUCCACAAUAUCAGUUUUCUGCCUCCUCUCUCUAUCCUGUCUUUCCAGCACUUCCUUUAGAAAAGCUACAAAGAUAAGUCAUGCAGUGGGUCUGACCUGAUGCUUACACGCUGAGAUGGGGCAGGAAUACCACCGGUGUGCUGCUGCCUGGCUCCACAUCACAGCCGUGGCCACGCUGCUGCCUUGCCCUGCACGCUGGGCAGCCACCGCUCUCGGCAGGUGGCAGGAGUCCGACCUUCACCUCUCUUCCCAGCAAGAGUGGGUGUCUCUGUUUUGAAGCUGCUGGGAGCCCGGCGCAUAGCUACCGAAAAUAAAUGUGGCAGGAGCCGAUUGAUUUAUCUGCGUGUUCUAGCCCAGCAAUUAAUUCUGCUUUUGGGAGGCAGAACCGAAGCAGCAAACAUGUCGUAAUGCCAGAUCGGAGCUGAUAAUGGAUUCCUCCCUUCCUCAGCCCUUCGCUAGCGCAGAGAUCAGCCUAUUAAGGAAUAAUCUCCCAGAGCAUCAGGGGCCGGCUCCAGCGAGGAUCACCACCGGCUGCGCCGUGGCAGCGUGGAGCCCAGCCGACAGCUGGAGAUGGAGCCAGAACCCACAGAAGAGCAGCGCAAAUACUGAAAUAAUCUCCAGAGAUGUUCUGCAGAUAUUUUUGCUUCUUCAGUCUGUGGCUUUUCCUCCCAACCCAAAGGAGGUGCUCGCUGGGUCAUGCAUCCAACCUGGGCAGCAGCGACACAACAUCCCUCCCUGGAUUUGAGAACCUCACCGUGGGAUACAACAAAUACCUCAGGCCCUACUUUGGUGGAGAACCUGUUCAAAUCGCAAUGAGCCUGGACAUUGCCAGUAUUUCUAGCAUAUCGGAGAGUGACAUGGAUUACACAGCUACCAUAUAUUUGCGGCAGCGCUGGACAGAUCCCCGGUUAGUCUUCCAUGGCAACAAGAGCUUCACGCUGGAUGCCCGUCUAGUGGAAUUGCUCUGGGUACCAGACACGUACAUCGUGGAGUCAAAAAGGUCCUUCCUGCAUGAUGUCACUGUGGGCAACCGCCUCAUAAGAUUGUUCUCUAAUGGUACCAUCCUGUAUGCCUUAAGAAUCACUACUACUGUUGCUUGUAACAUGGACCUGUCAAAAUAUCCCAUGGACACACAAACAUGCAAACUGCAGCUAGAGAGCUGGGGAUAUGAUGAAAAUGAUGUCACCUUUACAUGGCUGAGAGGAAACGACUCUGUCCAUGGCAUAGAAAAGCUGCGGCUCUCUCAGUACACAGUGGAACGUUACUACACCCUGGUCUCGAAGUCACAGCAGGAGACAGGCAGUUACCCACGACUGAUCCUGCAGUUUGAGCUGAGAAGAAACAUCCUUUAUUUCAUUUUGGAGACCUAUGUGCCAUCUACUCUGCUUGUCAUGUUGUCCUGGGUUUCUUUUUGGAUCACCCUGGAUUCAGUGCCUGCCCGGACCUGCAUUGGUGUAACAACAGUGCUUUCCAUGACUACUCUGAUGAUCGGCUCACGAAGUUCACUCUCAAAAACCAACUGCUUCAUUAAGGCCAUCGAUGUUUACCUUGGCAUCUGCUUCAGCUUCAUCUUUGGUGCCCUGGUGGAAUAUGCAGUGGCUCACUACAGCUCCUCACAGAAAUGUACAGCGAAAACACCUCAGGAGGGGCCUGCAAAUGAACUCACUAAAGAAAUGGAAGAAGUCAACAUCGCUAACAUCUUCAACAGCUCCAUCGCCAGCUACAAGCGGAAAAUCAGUUUUACAAGUAUUGAGAUUUCGAGUGACAAUAUUAACUGCAGUGACUUGACCAUGAAAACUCAUGAGAAAAUCAAACGUGUCUUGAGAAACAAAAUGCACAGAAUUAUUGGUUAUUUCACAAUUCAGAACCCCAGCAAUGUGGACCACUACUCCAAAUUGCUUUUUCCAUUGUUUUUUAUGUUGGUCAAUGUGUUUUAUUGGGCUUAUUAUUUAUAUUUUUAGUAGAAACAGAUUGCGUUGUUCUCCCACUCUGGUGGGAGAGGGAUCCUGCCAGCGAGCCUCUAGGUAUCAGACCUCAGUGAAUCUGCCGUGGACAAAAUGCUCUGUUGUGAUUCCUGAGGUACGGAGCAGAACAGCGCGUGGGGUAUGUUAAAUGCAAAGCCUUUGUGCUCCAGCAGUAGCAACACUGACGCUGGACAUUUGCUUGUUCAGCUGAGUGGCUCUGCUGGGCCCUUGUGCUUUUGCUGGCUCUCCACUCCAGCAUCCAGCCUCUCAUCUGGCCAGGGAUGGGCGUACAGGACUGCAUGUGGCAGGACACAGACUACAAGAGGCGGCAAAAUUAUCCUGGUAACCUGGAGUAGGUUGGAACCUUCUGGUUUCUAAGAGGAUGUAGGAUUAUAGAUGUUGUUCUUUGUUUCCAAGAAAUAACAGCAACAGAGGGAUCAUGGCGGCUGACUCAAUAGCUCCUCUGUUCAAGGAAGUGAACCCAAAGGCAGCAGCGUGCUGUGCACAGAGGAAGGGCUCCCGUGCGUGGCGCUUCCUUGUCCCGGGGAUGCUGCGGUGCCAGAGCAGUGAUUUCAGUGCUGCUGGCAGCAGCGUGGUUCUGUGCCCCGCUGUUCGUAAUGCCUGCCUGACUCACUGAGGUAAUCCUCACUUGCUGAAGUUACCCAUCCCUGAGGCAGGUGGAGGGGCUCUUCGUUGGUAGAGCUGUGUUUUUUCGGAGAUUUGGGAACAGGAAGUAGGGGCGGCAGAACUGUUUUGUAAUCCAUCUCCUACUCUUACUGUUGUGCUGUUUGCUGUUGUGCUGCAGUUGAGCAGAUUCUGCUACCUCCACGUCUUCCUCACAAAUAGAUUCCUCUUCACCCUGGAGAGUGCCUUGUGAGCAGCUCUUGUUCCUUGCCAGCCAUAAACAAGAGCGGCCAAUUCUUGUCCCCUGUUUGUACGGCUCUGCAGCUGCGGUGAGUCAGCAGUGCUGCUGGGGAAAAAAGCCAUGCGUGGGGAGCCAGGGUGCGAUGAUCCAAAUCAAUCUUUUACUCUCUAUUUAAGGCUGAAAAAAACACUAAGUUUCUGCAGCAGUUCAUGUUCUAAGUGGGCUAUGGAGACUGCCAGUGGGCUGUACUCAUUCGUCAACUAGCAGGACUGAGAGCUCUGUUACAGAAAUGAGUUAAAUAUGUGCUGCACGCUGCAAACACCGAAUCUUUGGGAACCAAAUGGCAUUUGGUGCUAUGUAUCUUUAGGCUACUGGAUUUUAAAAUGAAGGUUUUAUGGCAGAUUUUUUUCCCCUCUUUUUAGUCUAUGUAUCUUUCAUAAAUGUGAGGGUGCAACCCCAGUUUUGUAGGCAAAACCGUAAUUGCCUGCAGUGGCUGCUGGUCAGCAGGAGUUUUGGCUGAGAGGCCUCUCAGCAUGUAGUUCGUAUUACAGCCUCACACAUGCAGUGGGACCUGCUACAGAAGGUGCGCAAAGCACAUCAAACUAUAGAUUUUUAUUUUUUUUUACUUUAAUAACUUUUUAUUGAACCACUCCACCUCACUAUAUUGUGAAGGACCUAAGCCACAUAUUCAUAAAUCAUAGAUUUUACAAAGAGCAGCACAAAAAGACAAAGGGGAAUGGACUGACAAUGGCAAGUGAAUAAACACAAACUCCAAUAAUGAAAUGUUGGCUUGUAUAUACUGGCAUUUAAACUCCAUUCCAUAAAAUGUAAUAAAGUGAAUAUUGGUGAUAUGAACACAAACCCCCCAGAGAGAUCCUCUAUUAAAAAAAUCAUUGCCUUC